CCUGCGCUUGUUUUAGCUUAAAUAACUAAAACACUGGUUCGCUGUAAUUUGUGUUUUAUUCUGUUUGUUUUUUUGUAGAUUUAAAACAAGAAGCUAAACUUAAAAUGUCUGUAUUGUCCCAGCCCACCUUUAUCUUUGGCCUGCGGAGAGAUGUGACCAAUAACCUGUGUUUCGUGGACGAGCAGACGGUGGUGUUCCCCAGCGGCAGCAGCUGUGUGAGCCACAACAUCGUCCAAAGAUGUCAGCGGUUCUUCCCAGUUUCAGAGAAGAGUCAGGGUGUCCGUGCUCUGGCCCUCAGUCCCAGUCGUCGUUACCUGGCUGUAGCAGAGAGGGCAGAGAAGGCUUGUGUCACCGUGUUUGACCUUCACCAUGAGCAAGGCAGGAAGAGAAAGCCUCUGACUGCAGGCGAGAUACUCCUUCAGGACUUCUUGUGCWUGGCUUUCUCCCCUGAUUCCAAGUACCUCAUAGGUCAGACGGGAGGCCCAGAGUGGAUGUUGAUCUUCUGGUUGUGGGAAAAAAACAAAGUUCUUGCAACAGUGAAGACCACUACGUCUAAUAAUCCUGUGACGCAGGUCAGCUUCAGUCCUAACAACAACACACAGCUCUGUGUGAGUGGAGCUGGAGUGUUCAAGCUGUUUCGUUAUUCAGAGGGAGUCUUGAAACAGACCAACUUUGCUAAGAUGGAGUCUGUCAACUUCCUGUGUCACGCCUGGACAUCAGAAGACAGGGUGAUCGCUGGGACAGACACAGGUAGACUGCUGGUGUCUGAGUCUGGGGACCUGAGAAAAGAGAUCCGGAUGACUUCCAAAGCUGUGGAGGACCACCCUGACAGACAGGUGGAGGUGAAGCGGAUCAAAGAAUCUGAUGUGAGUGAAGGUCUGGCUUCUUGUAUCACAGCCAUCUUGUCCUACUCCAAGGGCUUCAUGUGCUCUACUGGUCCUGGCUCAGUGUCCCUGUUUGAAAAGACACAGGAGGACAGUUAUAGGAUGAGCAGGAGCAUACAGAUUCCUUCAUAUCGGUGCAGCGAUGGUCUAACUCCAGCAGCGUGCCAGGAGAUCCACACCAUGUGUAUCAGUCCAGCAGAAGMAACUCUGGCCAUCAGCACAGACCAAGGGCAGCUAUACAGCAUCACCCUUUCAUUUGGAUUCACAAACAGGCUGCUGGAAAGAAAUCAACAUUUUGAGUUCCUGUCUCAGCCCUUCCACUCCAACUCGAUCACUGGYUUGUCCAUAUGCAUUCGUAAGCCCCUCGUAGCUACCUGCUCUCUAGACCGCUCUGUUCACAUCUGGAACUAUGAAACAAAGGAGUUGGAGCUGUACAAGGAUUUUCAGGAAGAGGCUCACAGCGUAGCUCUACACCCCACUGGUCUCUUCCUUUUGGUGGGAUUUUCAGACAAACUCCGGCUGAUGAACCUGGUUAUUGAUGAUAUCCGUAUCUUCAAGGAGUUCACAGUGCGUGGCUGCAAAGAGUGUGCUUUUAGUUAUGGAGGCCACAUGUUUGCAGCAGUUAAUGGAAACAUCAUUCAUAUCUACUCUUUCACCACUUUUGAGAAUCUUCUCAMUUUGAAGGCCCACAGUGGAAAGAUAAGAAGCAUUGAGUGGAGCCAUGAUGACAGCCGGCUGGUGUCAUGUGGGAUGGACGGAGCUGUGUAUGAGUGGAACACACACACUGGGAAGCGACAGUCAGAGAGCAUCCUCAAGUCCUGCAGCUACACAGAUGUUGCCUUCUCAUCACACUACAAGACCAUCCUAGCUGUGGGAACAGACUYCACCCUGAAGGAGAUACAGGACUGUCAGGUUUUGAGGGAGGUUCCAGCUGAUGAGGUAGCUCACACAGUUCUUGCAGUGUCUCACUCAGGUCGUGUUGUUUUUACCGGAACCUCCAGUGGAACCAUUAGAGCCAUUAAAUAUCCAUUACCUAUCCAGAAUGAAUGGACCACGCACCAUGCUCACUGUGGUCCUGUGACCAAGAUGGUGAUCACAUGGGACGAUCAGUUCCUGCUAACGGUGUCAGAAGAUGGCUGCCUGCUGAUAUCAAAGAUCGUCGAUAAGGAGGGCCGAGGCCUGAAGAGCAACAGACAGAUUGUUCAGAUGGAGGAGAUCCUUGUCACAAAGGCAGACCUGGAGCAGAAAAAGCAGUCCAUGCAGGAGCUAAAGAUGUGUCUGCAGGAGCUGCAGAUGGAAAAUGAGUACCAGCUCUACCUGAAGGACAUGAGCUACAAAGAAAAGCUGAAGGAACUUUCUGACACGUUAACGCAGGAAGUUGAAUCUCUGAAAACAGCUCAAAAGCUCAUGAAAGCAAAGAUGGAGAAGAGUGAACAUGAGAACCAGGACAAUUCUGUAAAAGCUGCAAUGAAGCACGCCAAAGAACUGAAGGAUUUAGAGGCAUCCUUCACCUUAAAGCUUACAGAGCAGCAGAGGAAGUACCAGGAUCUGCUGCAGAAGCAUGACAGAAUGCAGGAAGAAUAUGAGAAGCAGCUGAAGUGUGCAGAGGAAAGCAGAACCCAGGCUCUGGAGGAGCUCACUCAGAUGUAUGAGAUGAAGCUGCAGGAGAAGACUCAGCUCCUGGCUCAGUGUCAGGAGGAGAUGGAGCAGAAGAUCUGUGAGUUUGAAGAAAURAUAAAGCAGGUGGAGGAAGACGAGGAGACGAGUAUCCAUGCCAUCCAAAUCAAGUAUGAGAAAAAACUGCAUUCAGAGAAAGAGACCAACGCACACCUGAAAGGAAAAUCUGGUGUUAUGACACAAAAGCUGUACAGUCUACAGAGACAGAUUGAUGACAGGUGUGCUGACAUAAACAAGCUGAAGCAAGAGCAGCAGAGUCUCCUGGGGUUGGUCAGCUCUCUGGAGGGUGACAUCACAGACCUGAAGAGACAGAUCUCUGGACACGAGAAGACCAGCCAAGACAAGGACAUCACCAUUUCUGAUCUGAAGAAAAAGGUCCAGAACCUGGAGAAACUGAAGUUCCUGCUUGAGUUUCAGUUGGACGACUCACAGAAGCAGGUGGAGCCUCAGCAGGAUGACAUAAACAAGAAGAGGGUGAAGAUUGCUCAGCUGCAGGAGGAGCUGAUGAAGAUGGACCGGACCAGUUCUCACCUGAAACUCACUGUCUCCGAUCUGAGGCUCCAACUGAAGAACAAAGACAAAGAACUGUGCAAGGAGAUGCAGAAAGUGAAAGAUCAGGAGACACUUCUGAAGCGACUUCAGUCAGAUCUCCACGACUGUGUUGGCUUAAUCCAAGAACCCAAAAAACUGAAAGACAGCAUCCAGAGGAUUUAUGCCCACUAUGUUCAACAUUCUGACAGUGUGAAGAACAAUACAGAUGGUAAUCAGAAGGCUAUCUGCUACCAUCAWGAGCAGCUAGAGAAGACAAUCAGCAGCCUGAAGAUGAAACUGGCAAGAUCUGCAGAGGAGCAUGAGAAAGUCUACGUCAAGAUCAUGAAGGAGAAUGUGACCCUCAUCACUGAAAUCAAUGAGCUUCGCAAAGAACUGCAUUCGGUCAGGACUCAGGCUAAAACCUACAGAUCUCAGCUGGUCCUUAAAUCCAGGAGACGUCCCAUCUCAGAGGACAGACCUAAAGAAGGACCAACACAUGAAGACAUAAGACAAGAUCUUCCUUCAGCAGGAGCUCCAGAGCUGACUUAGUUUAUUAACAGUAAUCUGAUUUAAAAAAAAUUGCAUGAUAAACCUGCAGUCUGGACUGCUUACACAAUGCAUGCGACAUUUUAUUUUUAGAAAAAUGUGAUAAAAACUACAUUAACCAACAACUAUUUUUUAGACUUGUUCAGUUUAAAUGAAAUGUUUUAAUAAAAAUAUACAGCUCAAUUCA